GCUGCCAGCAGUGGAAAAGUUUCUUGCUUCAUUUUCUGCAGGCUUGGUCACCGAGACAGAAGCUGCCCUCCCCUCAGUGCAGACUCUUCACACAGGUUUACCUCUUGUUCCUUAAUGUUCUGUCCUGUGUUCUGUGAGACAAUCAGAAUAAAGAGAGCUUUGCGUGCUUCUUUCUAGACUUCAGUGUUUAAAGAAGCCCGUGCUGCCUCCUCCACUAGACUGAAGUAUGGCUAUGAGAACUCGUUUGACAUGGCAGCAAGAAAAGUGCCUGCAGAAUUAUUUAGGAGGAAAACGGUUUUGUCUUCUUUACAAGGCGAGUGUGCAGAAGUUUUCUUCUCAGAAUUUGCUCUGUACAUGUGACAGUCAAGGUCCUAUCAUGAUAGUGGUUUACAGUGAAAACUGUGUUAUUGGCUUGUACCUGCAAGAGGGCAUCCGGGGGAAAGAAGUUUCUAUCACCGCUUUUGCACUCCAAGAGACUGGAUUUUCACUAUGUGCAAUAGGAACGGAUUCGCCAUAUUUAUUGUUCCUUAUUAGAAAAAAUUCUGGUUUAUGUAUACUGUUAGAUGAGAAAACUGUGGCUAUAAGUCCAGGAAUCCGUAAAAUGCUUCGACUGCCUGAUCACAAUGAUGUCACAUCUAUUCAGGAGUGUGAAGCUUUUCGAUGUGAUGAGUUACUGGAUGAAAGAAUGACAAGAGGCGUUGCUGUGUUACACAGUAAUUUACUGCAGGCUCUGAGAAACUACAAGCCAUAUGGAGACCUGGUUCAGCAAACACGAAUUCUGCUGCUGGGUCCUACCGGAGCUGGGAAAUCUAGCUUUGUCAACUCAGUCAAGUCUGUGUUCAGGGGCUGCAUCACACACCAGGCCUUGGUGGGCUGUGACGAAAAUGGAAUAUCUGACAAGUAUAGGACAUAUUCCAUCAUGUCCAAGGAUAACAGUGGCCCCCUGCCAUUUGUUCUGUGUGACUCACUGGGGCUGUGUGAGAAUGCCGGCUUGCACACAGCUGAUGUAGGCCACAUCUUAAAGGGCCACACUCCUGACAGAUACGAGUUUGAUUCCAUGAAACCAAUCACACCAAAACAUCCAAACUAUAUCCAUGACCCACUGCUGAAGGACAGAAUUCACUGUGUGGUGUUUGUGUUUGAUAUCAAUUGUUUUGAACUGCUCUCUUGUGAGUUGGUGGCAAAGAUCAAGCAAAUUCGAAGAGACCUGAUAAAACGCGGCAUUCUGCAUUUGGCUUUGCUUACACACGUGGAUAGCCUGGAUCGGAUUACAAAAGCAGACCUGAUAGACAUAUACAACUAUAGGCCUGUGAAAUCUAAGCUGGAAGUAUUCCAUAAAGUCUUUGGUUUUGCCUUAUCUGACACCUUGGUGGUGAGUAAUUAUGACUCAGAAUGGCAGCUGGACCCAGUGAAGGACAUGCUUAUCCUCUCAGCCCUGGAAGAGAUCCUGUAUACUGCAAAUGAAUUCUUAGAGGAUUUGCCCUUGAACAAAUAAGUAGACUGAUGAUCUCAGAGCUUGAAGGUAUCAGAAGAAAAAUGUUACAAUGCUGCAAAACAAGAAAAAGGAGAGACUUUAUCAUAUGUUAAUAAGGAACUCAUCAAGAGAGUAGUGAGAAAACAGGGAAUGAAGAGGACACAGAGACCAGAGUGCAGUGUAAACUGUGCCAGAUUACAGUGCUCUGGAUAGAAAGAUAAAUAAGAUAAAAGAAAUCAGCUAUAAAAACCAAUCACAAUUCUGUUGGAUUUAUAUUCUGUAUCUAUGAGAAAUAAAAUAGUUAAUUGUUUAAAACCCCAAUUCUAAAUAA